AGAGCCUCGCACGGUUCAGUCUCCUGCAGACACUUGCCAGUUGUGGUGUGUGGAUCGACCUGGCAGCGGCGAAUCUAGAGGUCCCAGACCUUGGAUCAGGUCUUGGGGCAACCAGAAAAUUAGUGUUCUGGGGUUGAAUGGGGUUUCAGUGCAAAGGAUAUAAGACUUCACAAGUGCCAUAUUGGAGUUGGGAGAUUCGACAUCGGAGGAUUUGUCGCAAAGUUUGAUCUAGUGCUUACGUGAAUCGAUGAGAAGAAUUUUCUUUGGUAGUUUUUCUUGAACCCAGUGGUCGGCCAUUUUGAAUUUGGGCCAAGACAGUGUGGAAAAUUUCUUAUCAAGGCAUCCAAGGUGCAAUCGAAGUCAGCGAUGAGUACAUUGAUCGGAAGUUUAUAUGCAACGUGAUCAAAGAAGCCCAGGAAGAUUAGUUUGAAUGCAAUGUCAAAGUGUUGAAAGGUGUAAACAAAAGUGCCAGUGAAUUCGAGAGCCAAAAUGCGUCGUUCAUCGCCACCCUUUACGGUGGUGACCAGUGCCGGUGUGAGUGGUUCCGUGGUUGUCCCCAUUGAACAAUACGAGACGGACCAAAGUGAACAGAUCUCCGUGAUGCGUCAGCUUAAGCGGAAACACAGUGAACAGCGCUUCCAGGAGUAUCAUUACCUGGAGCAAAGCCAUUCGAUUCACAAGGUCCGCAAGGAUAAUCACCUCCCGUUGCAAGAGGUGGAUCAUUUCCAUGGCUUUGGCCAGGCGUUCCACGGCCCAACGCCCGAGUUUCAAGUCAUUACCGCCAGCGAUGGCAACAAUAACCAAAACCACAUUCACCAAGAGCAACAACAGCUCGGUUACAUCUACGAAGUGACCGGCGGUGGGAGUGUUGUGCCGGUUCCGGAGUCGCAAAUGAUCGCCCAAGAAAUCCCAGCUACCAGCAAUGGGAUUGUCCUAACGGACAUUAGCUCGUCCACGUGGACCAGCACCCAGGAACUUCUGGACCUCGAUCGCAAGCCAACCCUAACCGUCCAGACCGACAGUCAUAACAGCUUUCCGAUAGCAAGCGCCGAUCAUCACCACCAUCACCAUCAGCAGCUUCAGCAGGACCUGCUCAAUCAGCAUAAUCACCAGAACCAUCGCCACCAUCAACAAACUCCUCCUCAUCAUCAUCAUCAUCACCAGCAGCAGCACCAACAGCAGGGUAAUUUCCACGUUGUUCAUCAAUCGGUCCACCCCCAGCAGUACGGCGCUAAUCACACCAAGACGCAAGAACUGACGAUCGUAACGUCCAGCUGCGGCAGGACUCCGACGACGGCUGCUAGCGUGGCUGCCGGUGCUGCGACGAAUGUCACCCCCGCUGGAACGGGGACCGUUCGACGAGUAACCCCGGCGGCCACUCCUGAAACGCCAGAAGACAUAGAGGACAAAAAUCUCUCCUGGCUGUUCAACUUCAAGCUAGAGGAUCUGCCCCAUCUGUCACCGGAAGCCAAACGCAAGCAAGCGCCAAAACAUGGCCCAACCGCCACCUCAACACCACUCUCCACCACAACGGCAACAGGACUGGUGGGAAGUCAUCUGGAAUCCGACCCGAGUCUGAUUGAUCAAUCGACGGCCAUCGAAGAGGACGACCUGAACGUAGCGGAAAACGUUACCAUCGAGAACAGUGCUGCCGCAGCAGCGUCGGCUGCCACCGCGAAAGUGACGAAGAAACCGCCGUUCACCUACACCGAGCUCAUCGAGUACGCGCUGGAGGACAAGGGAGAGCUGACGGUAUCCGGCAUCUACCAGUGGAUUUCAGACCAUUUCCCGUUCUACAAAUCGAAUGAUGACCGGUGGAAGAACUCCGUUCGUCAUAACCUGUCGAUCAACCCACACUUCCGGAAAGGCAAUAAGGCACCGCAAGGAGCCGGUCACCUGUGGACCAUCUCCAGCAGGGAUUCGGAAGCCAACUUCCUAGCGUGGGAACAUAAACGCCAACGGUUAGAGCUGUUCUUCAAAAUGGAAGCUGCCAAUGCCAAAAACCAGAAGGAUCCACCACCUGGAUCACCCACGUCGGAAGAGAUCGCUGCAGCAACGGCCAGUUUAGCGCAGUACGAGCCACAUUCUCCCGGUCACGGACCCCUCAACGAGACCUUAGACUACCGGCACGCGCAACCGGGCUCAUCCGGUCAACAUCUACAGUCACCCCUGGCAUCCCAGCAGCAACCGCCAAUGUACGCAAACGUCCAGAGCAAUCAGUUCGAGGUCGUUCAAGGUGAGGAACUGAAACGAUCGGCCGGUGAAAUUCUGAACGGCAUUCGACGCAACGUCGAGGUUCAGAUUGUCCAUCCAGUCAAUUCAAACAACUUCCAGGCGUAUGCAUUGCUCGACUCCGAUUACUACCUGGCGGACUACCUGAACCCGGUGUCCAAGGAGGAGAUCGUUCAGGAGUGCGGCCUUCGGUCGGCUGCAGGUCACCGA